AUGGACAAAAUCAUUGCGCCGGACGGCACAGAGCUGGUUUUGUCUAAGCCUGUGAACCCGCCUCAACAUAAAGGAAAACAACCAGCCCAAAAUCUGUCUAUGGUCGCGUCAACGAGCACCUUUAGGGUCUCGAACGUGCCCGAUGAAACCGACCUGGACGAGCAAAUCACCGAGAAUCAAAACUCCCCUUCGAGCUCAUUUUCCAUUAUGACCGAUGGCGAAAACGAGGAAGAAGACUUGCAACUUAAAUGCCCGACUUGCUACAGGAAUUACCCGAAGUCGAUGCUCGAGGGUGAUGGCAAGGCGCGAAUGGAGGCAGAACUGGCCGACGCUGACGGCGAGAAAAGGAGGCAGCUGUGCCAAGCUCAUCUGGCUGUCGAGUCUGUCGAGGCCAAUCUCAAACCUGUUAACUGGGAUACUCUCGAGCGCAGAGUUAAACGCUUUCAUGGUCAUAUUGUACGCAUCAACGAUGGCACCACUGCCACAGAGUACACGCGACAAUGGGACGAGUUGAACCGAAGCCGGGCGAUGCGAAAUGGCAAUAGGUCGGGCAUCUUCCUCCGUAUGCCUGGAUGUGGCAUUUACGGCCAACGAGGACGCGGCGAGAUUACUUCGAUCAUAUUGGCUGCUGCGGCUGAUCCGCUGUCGAGCCAAAAAUGGCUACCAGAGGCAGAUUCUGUAUACGGUUCAGCAAACAGCGGCGACUGGCUGAACUGGGUUCUUGUUCCCGAGGUAGUUGUACGCCUUUUGACGGAAGAUUAUAAGUGUACGGAGGAGCAAGCAAGGGCGUCGAUUCGGGAAUACUCUGGCCUGGGAGACGAACUGCACCCGGUUGAGGAUGUAAUUGUUUAG